AUGGCCCGCGGCCCGUCGCUGAAGCCAAAAAACCAGAAGGGAAAGCUCGGCAACAUCGCCAAGGUCCAGUAUGAUGACGCCAAGGAGACAAACCCCCUCCAGAGUGCCUUCACCCGCAGAAGAGAGAUCUGGGUUGGACGCACAGCAAUGACUGGCUUCCUCUCCGCUGUCAUUGGUGAGCUGCUGACUGGCAGGGGAGCUCUGGGGCAGCUGCAGCUGGAGACCAGGCUCCCACAGAACGUCAUCAACUGGGCAGUCUUCGGAAUUGUGGCAUUCAACUUUGUCACAGCCCUGAACCCCUUCGGCCCCACCUUUGACGAGGACAACCAGGCUGAUGUCAGGAAGCGCCCUGCUGGCCCCACACAGAAGGCCAUGGACCCCUCCAAGCCUGCGGAGUACUUUGGCACAUCCAAGGGCUUUGGGUUCACCAAGAAGAACGAGCUGUUCGUCGGCCGUGUUGCCAUGCUGGGCUUUGCAUCAGAGCUGAUUGGAGAGGUGCUCACCAAGGGCAAGGGCCCUCUGGGUCAGAUCGGCAUCCCCCUCAACACAGAAGUCAACCCCCAGUAUGCAACCUUCGCCCUGGCUGUCUGGGUGGGCUUCUUCCUCUUCGCAGCCAUCGGCUUCGGCAACUGGGGCCAGCAGGAGGGUGACAACGAGAUCUACUGA